CGUGCCCUUUCCCCCGGGGCCGGCGGUCGAGCCCGCGUCCCGCAGCCCGCGGUGCGGUAACAGGGAACCCGUUUGUUCCAGGUCCGCAGGCGCAGCGAGGAUGAACACGAACUUCUUGCAUUUACUAAAAGCAAAAAAAGAACUCAUUCCCCUGGUUGGAGUAGUGUCCUUUGCAGCAGCUGGGGCACUCUUUUUUUCUGCCUAUUCCCUAUUCAGCAAAUCCGAUGUGAUCAUUAACAAGAGUGGCAAUCCAGAACCAUGGGAAACUCUUGAUCCUAACAAGCCUCAGAAGCUAUUAACAGUCCAUCAGAAAUGGAAACCCAUAGACGAGCUGGAAAAUGUCAGAAAGCUUACGAAGUGACAAGUUUCUGUUGCCUCAAAAAGGUACCCUAUGAAUCUAGUGGAAUCACUUCUGCACAAACUUGACUACUGAAAUCAGUGUGCGGAAAUGCUUCUGCUACAUUUUUAGGGUCUCCCUACAUUUUUUGGACUCUGGAUGAGGAGUUACAUGUUGCUUUAGAAGUUGGCAUACAACAUCCCCAUAGUCCAAAAAUCUGUCUCAAAUAUUCAGUAGGCAUUUGAUGUCAAAUGUUGAAUAUUCAGAUGGUAAUUAUAGAUAGAAAAAGCCUUCACACUUUUUGUAGAAUUUUGUUUUUAUCAAUACAUGAAUUUUGUAAUUUUAUAGAUAUUUUAAAUUUGUAGAACAUUCCAUGUAAAUUCCAUAAAUGGAGAUUACCCAAAAGCCCUUAUAAAUUGGGAUUCCUGGUCUCUAUACUGUAUUUCAGUGCUGUGUACAGACCAAAUAGUGAUCAUAGCCAGAGGAUGUCUUUGUAUGGCAACAUAUGUGGUCAUAAAGCAUACUUGCAUUUGUUUUCUAUGUUAGAUGUGAUGUCAAUUUACAUCAAAACUAUCGUCCUGCUGCUCAUAAGGAUUUACCUUAACCCGCUGAGGAGUUUGAUAGGUUAUUUAAGACUAUAUUUGAGACUGCAGAAUUAGAACAUAAAAAUUAAGCAUGGCUAAAAGGGAAUCGGAAAUUAGAUAAUUUCCAUAGUAUUUAAGUAUUGUUCAUGUUUAAAUUUAGAAAAAGUUACUACAAUUAGGAAACUUGCGUUAUCCAAAACUGAUUACAUAGUGUUAAUUUCUUUUUUUUUUUUUUUUUGCCAAGGUAGUUCAUGUGCAAGCUCAAAUGUACUGCACAGUUAAUAUUUUUAAACAUUUCUAUAUAUCUGCUGUUAGGGACAUCUGCUUUAACAAAGAGAAAAUAACAGAUUAAGAUUAGGAAUAAUUCUGUGAAGAGACAGUUCCUCUUUAAGUAUCUCUGUGUUUUCUUACGAAUUGGCCACUGAAAGAAUGUAAUGGGCAGACCCCCAGUAAAUUAAUGAGGCAAUAUAUGCAUCCAAUGGUAGAACAGUCCUUUUUUGGAUAUUUUCUGUAUGUGUCCCCUUCCAAGCAGUUUCACAAUAUAUUAUGCAGUUUCUUUUACAAUGGAUGUUCUGAAGGCAUAUUACUUUCUGUGAGGAAGAAAGCAAAAGUGAAACAACUGCUAACUGGAAAAAGUCCCCCUAAGUGAGUAAUAGCAAAGUGCUUUAGGUUACUCAGCUGCAGCAAAGACAAAGCUUUACUAAAGCUGCCUCUCAGAUUUUAAGGGAGUUCAGCUUCAGAAGCUGUUUUCUUCAGAUUUAUUGAUGCUGAGGAAAAAAAAAAAGUGUCAAAAUGUUUUUUUUUUUAUCCCAUGCUUGUGCACAGAUGCAACAUAAAUAUUUGUUUAUCGAGUAAGGAUGACUCAGCAGCAUUUAUGUUUAAGAGUGAGAGAAACUACGAGACUUCAGAAUAUGUUCUUAGCUUUCAUUUUAAGAAAUGACAUUGCAAGAUGAUUGGAUAGCACACAACCACAAAAAUCCAGUGCUCUGAGGAAUACACGUUUUGGGUAUUUUACUAGAGAAAUAUUUUAAAAUAUUUUCUGUAAGUUAUUCUGUAUUUCCAUAUUUUUACUGGACUUUCAAACAAAACAAAAAGUGUUGUGCUCUGACUUGAUGCAUGAAAUAAAUGAGUUUAUUCUUCAGUAAAUCACUUGUAUGGUCUGUAAAUAUUAUGACCUAAGUAUCUGUCAGCAUUAGGGAAAUAAGUGUAAGUAAUUUCUACAUAAUUUCUGUACUUAACGACUGGUGGUGUCUUCCAGUAGCUGGUUAAGCAGUGUGACUGCCAUCAGUCACAGGUUGUUGGCUUCUCUCAUCCUGUCCUGAAAUAUAAUAGCUAAGAUAAUAGAAUGUUUUGUUUUGUUAGCUGCUCUUUUUUUUUUAAAAAAAUAUAGAUUUAUGGGGAGGGUUUUCAAUGUGAGAAAUAUUUUUCUGCACUUUAGAAAGAUUACAAAUGUUGUUAAAGUUCUUGGGACAAUUUUGUGUGUUCUCAGACUGUCCCUGAAAAUAUUCUCUAUUCUGCAUAGAUGAGGGCAUUUUUCUUCGAAGUAGAGCACACCAAGAGCAGUUACCAUAUCUCCCCUUGCAACUACUCCACAUAAAUCUAUAAAGCAAUAUACAGAUUAUUUCGUUGUUGGACAGACAUCAGAGUUAAGACAGUUGAGGUUUAAUUGGCUAAACUUUAUGAGCUGACUUGUAUGAGAACAAUAAGACUUACAUGUCCUGUGUUAUGCAAACCCCAUGACUUGUUAUUCAAUGGACAAUUUAGAGGCCAUCGAAAUAAUUUAACAACUUUCUUCCUUCUCUCUAUUUUGUCUCAUCCAUUCUGUCUUGGUUUUAGUUUUGGUCUGGUGGCUUGGGGUUUUUAAAAAAAAAAAAAAAAUCAUAUUUGCUCACCCUGUCUAGUACUUUUCCAUUGAACUAUAUCACUUCCAACUUUCAAAUUGAUUACAAAGUUUUAUUAAAAUGCCCACCAGCUUGUUAGAUUUUUAAGUAUGGGUUAGAAACUGUAAGAACUGUUUUGUAAUGGCUCUAAUCCCCAUUAGAAAUGCGUCAUUAAAAUCUAUGGUCAUCUUUUUCUAACUGCAGGUGACAAGUGAUUUAUAUGUAGAAUAGCUUUC